AAAGACAGCAACAACUUCGUGCUGCCCCGUGUUUACUGUCAAGUACAUCCACUGCCGCUAUUCAUGUCCAGAGGGUGGCGACUGUGCGGGAGCAGAUACUUUUGUUGACGGAAGUUUCCGCGGAAGAAGAGCGAGGCAACGAUGGUGCGCGUGAAGUCUAGGUAUUUACUGUGCGAAGUCAACGUGUCAGAGAGGAGCCACUUGUUGUUGCUGGAUGAUCGAGCCAUUGGAGCGGCUGUGAAGGAGGCAGUGGCCCGUAUACACGGGGACUAUGGGGCAGCUCUGUGCAGCAUCCGAUUCAGUGUGAAAUAUCUGAAUGCUCAUACUGGAGUAGUAUUUCUACGUUUCCCCAAACGGUGUUACAAACUUCUCUGGUCUGCGUUGCCUUUCAUUACCAAUGUGGAGACUCGUGGCCAAAAGAUUCCAUGUUUUCUGAACUGUUUGCAUGUAGGAGGAACAAUUAGAACGUGUCAAAAGUUUCUGAUCCGAUACAAUACCCAGCAGCUCCAUCGAAUGCUCCCUAAAUGUAAAAACGAAGAAGAAAAACAACAGGUUCAAAAAGCAAUUCUGGACUGUUGCAUACCAGGGGGAAAGAAUAAAUCAUUUGGAGCUGAAUCAGAGAGCGAGGAAGAUGAAGAAGAGUGACUUCACUACUUGUGUUCAAGUCGUUCCCAGAUGCCUGGUUGUGGUUAUUUUUGUUGUGGGACUGCUAGAAAGAACUACAAAACCAACUCUGUGGAUGCAUGGUUUAUUGCAGUUUCUUAGUACAUUUGUUAGUCAAUAAACUAACUAUGUAUGCCUGACUGCCAAGGUACACUUAAAAUGAUGACUGUCACAUGGGUAAUCGGGCUGAUGGUCAGUAUUAGUAUCCUUUUAACAGCAAGGUUUAUACCCCAGCUGAUGCUGACACUGACUGUCGCAGUGGUCUGCAAUCAUAUGUUACAAAAUAAGUCUAUGGCCUCAUUCUGAAGAGUCUAUUGUUUUAUGUUGCAAUGACUUUAUUUUGUAUUUAUGAUAUAAUUUGUGCUAAUCUGUAUUUGUAUUAUUAUUAUUAUUUUUUAUAUAAAUUAAAACACUUCUUUUGAAUUAA